GAACCAGUCAUCACAUGAAUAAUAAUAAGUUUCUUGCAUAGCUGAAAAGUUACACAAAAUAGUGCGUAAAUUGAAACAAAGAUAAUGGGAAGCAAAGAUGUGAAGUUGUUGAACUUUUGGGUGAGUCCGUUCGGUAAAAGAGUUGAGUGGGCACUGAAACUGAAGGGUGUGGAAUAUGAAUACAUAGAAGAAGAUAUAUGCAACAAGAGCAACCUCCUUCUUGAGCUGAACCCGGUUCACAAGAAGGUUCCAGUUCUUGUUCAUGGCAACAAGGCAAUCGCGGAGUCAUUUGUGAUCCUCGAAUACAUCGAUGAAACAUGGAAGCAGUAUCCAUUGAUGCCUCACGAUCCUUAUGAAAGGGCUCAUGCUCGCUUUUGGGCUACGUCUGCUCAACAAAAGCUUGGGAAGGAAGGCUCAUGGACUGCGCUGGUUAAGAGCGGAGAAGAAAAGGAAAAGGCUCUGAAUACAGCCUCAGAGGUACUUGAGAAGUUAGAGGAAGAGAUUAAGGGUAAGAAAUUCUUUGGAGGGGACAACAUUGGAUACCUCGACAUUGCACUUGGAUGGAUCUCUUACAUUAUUCCCAUCUGGGAGGAAGUUGGGUCAAUACAAAUAAUUGAUCGUCUGAAAUUCCCAGCCAUCAAUGAAUGGAUGACCAAUUUCCUCAACCACCCUGUGGUCAAGGACUCCUUGCCCCCAAGAGACAAGGCCCUUGAUUACUACCAUCUCUCAGUAAAGAAACAUACUCCUAAUUAAUUAUAUACAUAUGUAUGCUAAUGUGUGUUUGUGAACAUCAUCAUAUAUUGUUUAGUAAUUAAAAAUGUUGUAUGAUUGUAUCAAAAUAUUAUGACUUGUUAUUAUAUCAUUAUACGUGACAUUCGUACUACGUUAUUGUGGA